AUGAGGUAUUCCAGUGCAGCCGCAGUGAGCUUUGCUCUACUGCCAAAUCUAGCAGUCUCACAAGGAUACACCAAUGAAUCAGAGGUCCCACUAUACGGGCUAAGUCCACCAGUAUAUCCCACCCCUGUUGGCAAUGGAACAACUUCAUCCACUUGGGCAUCCGCAUAUGCUCGUGCGAAAGACCUCGUGGCUCAAUUGACGCUGGAAGAGAAGUCCAAUCUCACACACGGUGUCUCCGGUCCUUGUGUAGGCCAGACGGGCGCUGUACCUCGUCUCCAGAUCCCAGAACUAUGCUUCGCGGACGCACCUGCAGGUGUGCGCGGACAAGAGUUUGUAUCAUCAUUUCCUGCUGGCAUUCAUCUUGGAGCCACCUUCGACAGAGAUCUUAUGCUCAGAUAUGGCCAUGCACUCGGUAGAGAGUACAGGGGCAAAGGAAUCCAUGUCGCCCUCGGCCCAUUCAUAGGUCCUAUUGGAAGAGUCGUACGUGGUGGCAGGAAUUGGGAGGGCCUUGGUGCUGAUCCCUAUCUUGCCGGCAUUGGGGGCGGACUGAUUACUAGAGGCACGCAAAAGGAAGGCGUAAUUGCCACACCAAAGCACUGGCUUGCGCAAGAACAGGAGUACAGGCGACGCCCCGGUGAUGAAGGCGAGGCAGUCUCCUCUAACGUAGAUGAUCGCACGCUUCACGAACUCUACGCUUGGCCAUUCAUGGACGCCCUACGGGAGGGAGCCGGCUCGCUAAUGUGUUCAUACCAGCGGAUUAAUAACUCGUAUGGAUGUCAGAACAGCAAGCUCCUCAAUGGCAUCUUGAAGGAAGAGUUGGGAUUCGAAGGCUUUGUGGUAUCUGAUUGGGACGCACAACAUGCUGGUGUCGCUUCGGCCAAUGCAGGUCUUGACGUAGUGAUGCCUGUUCCCAAAUUCUGGGGUGGAAAUCUUACUGAUGCUGUCAACAACGGAUCCGUUACCACGGAGAGGCUAGAUGACAUGAACACACGUCUUCUCGCAGCGUGGUUCUAUCUCAACCAGGACGAAGGUUUCCCCGAAAACGCCGUGUACCCAUACAACGUCGAACACGAAAUUGUGGACGUACGCGAAGAUCACGCGUCACUCAUUCGAGAGAUCGGAGCUGCCGGAACUGUGUUGGUUAAAAACGUUAACAAUACUCUACCACUUCGCAGCCCCCGCUUUCUGAACAUCUACGGUUAUGACGCCGAAGUAAAGGCUCAGCCCUGGAACAACCCUUCUCGCUUCGGUGGUGGCUACGAAGAGAACUUUGGCUGGAACACUCUCAACGGUACUCUAAUCACGGCAGGUGGAUCGGGCUCUAGCACUCCGCCAUAUGUGAUCAGUCCCUUCAAGGCCAUCCAAGACCGCAUUAUUGCAGACCGCGGAACACUACGAUGGGACUUCUUUGGUGUUAAUCCGACCGUAUACGCCAACGCCGAUGCGUGUCUCGUCUUUAUCAACGCCUACGCUUCGGAAAGCUUCGAUCGCAUUUCCCUCACAGACGAUUUUAGCGAUCAACUCGUCAACAACGUUGCGACCAACUGCUCAAACACGAUCGUUGUAAUCCACAAUGCUGGUAUCCGCACCGUGGACGCCUGGAUCGACCAUCCCAACAUUACAGCCGUUCUCUUUGCUGGCGUCCCCGGUCAGGAAAGUGGCAACGCCAUCGCGGACGUCUUGUACGGUGACGUGAACCCAUCCGGUCGCUUACCAUACACCGUCGCCCGUCAAGAGCUUGAUUACGGCCACUUGCUUAACGGGACUGUCGAUCUUUCUAUCCCAGCUUUCUUACAGUCGGACUUUACAGAGGGGUUGUACAUCGACUACCGUGCUUUCGAUGCGAAAAACAUUACGCCACAGUAUGAAUUCGGCUAUGGCCUUUCGUACACAACGUUUGGUUAUACGAACAUGACUGUUGAACCUGUGGCGAACGCAAGUCUCGCUGCCUUCCCGUCAGCAUCCGUGCCGAUAAUACAAGGCGGUCACCCAUGGCUAUGGCAAGUGCUAUACCGCGCCACAGUUACCAUUACCAACACUGGAAAGGUUGCCGGUCAUGAGGUAGCGCAGCUGUACCUGGGCGUACCUAAUGCGCCGCAGAGGCAGCUGAGAGGGUUCGAACGUGUGGGUUUGUUGCAGCCUGGAGAGAGUAGGGAAGUUGAGUUUAUGUUAGAUAGGCGCGAUUUGAGUGUCUGGAAUGUUACCGCUCAGGCAUGGGAGCUUCAGAGAGGCAGUCAUAUGCUUGCUAUGAUGCUGCAACGGACCGAGCGUUUCUAUCUGAAAUACAUGUUCCGGAACACCAACUUCAAAAUCGCGACUUGGUUCAGCAAGUUCCCUAGAGGCAUUCCGGGUGGCGACAGUCAAAAGACAGUGAGGCAUCCCAACUUUCCACACACGCACUGGUUCAGCCAUGAGCGUGGUUCACAUGCCCUCACCAAACCGAGCUUGGACUUGGCUGUUGUUUGCAAGAACCUGCGCAAGCUCGACAUGACCCUCCAUGUCGACAAGGUGAGCAUAUACAACGAGUCCACGAAUUGGGUCCGCAAAUCACUUCCCCUUCUUGAAGUCAUCGACUACUUCAACAUGGAGACAAUUUUUGGCUGUACCAGCCUGGAGGAGGUAUAUAUCGAUGGCAUCUACGUCCGACCAUCGCGAGGCGGCGAUGUGACUAAUUUGAACGUGCUAGAGGACCUUGGCAAGUAG